CUUUAUCACUAAUAAUGCAUGUUUGUGUGUGUUUUAGCCCAGCAAGAGGCACAGAGAGCCCAGUUCUAUGUGGAAAAAGCCAAACAGGAUCAGAGACAUAAGAUCAUCCAGGCUGAGGGAGAGGCUGAAGCUGCCAAAAUGCUGGGCCUAGCAGUUACUAAGAACCCAGGUUACCUGAAGCUGAGGCGAAUCAGAGCAGCACAGAACAUUGCAAAGACGGUGGCAUCAUCUCAGAACAAGGUGUACCUCAAUGCUGACAGUUUGGUCCUGAACCUGCAAGACCAGGCUUUUUUUAGCAUGUCACUGGGUCAAAAGAAGUGAUGAAGAGGACAUGAAGGGAGGCAGUAAGACUGUCCCUGUCAUCAACUCUAUCUGAACAGUCUUGGCUUGUGACAUAGGGAAUCAACAUACAUGACAAGUGUGAAUGUGGACAACAAGCCCUUUUAUUUUAUAAAACUUCUCUUCCAGGGUGGGGUGGAGGAUAAAAUCAACAAACCAUAAGGAUUGCUUUUCAGUAGAAUUUACAAUCUUUUGUGAUUUAAUAUAACAGUAAUUCACAAUAAUUAAUAUCAGUGUCUUCUGUCAGGAGGACCUGACAGGUUUUAUGUCCCACCAGUGUUGGCAGUCAGUUAAUAAUUAAGUCCACUUUCUCAUGUUAUUACUAUAUUUGGCAGUGUGACUGUAUUGAAUUGAACUUAAAACAGCCAAAUUAUUCAUUAACUAAAAUAUAUUUGGAAUUACAAAAAUAGUUCACUUUCAGCUAAUUUUCUAGAAUUUCCAUAUAUGAUAAUAAAGUCUGAUAAUAAAGUCUAUAAAGUGAUAAUAAA